UGAUCACACUGCACAAAGUUUCUACUCAUUAACUACGAAUUUCUUCCUUUCUUUCACUUUUGUUUUUUCUUUACAACUAUUUCCCUUUUUAAAAGUUAAAUAAAUAAACAAGGUAAAGUGAUUGCACAUUUGGACCAAGAUCCAAGAAAUUAAUCAAAACCCCCUUCACAUCUAUAGAUUAAAUUCAUUUUUAAUCACUCCAAGUCCGAGGGAUAAGUAGACCAGACAAAACACAACCAGCACCAAAAUCGGCACUUUGUCCAAAUUAAAACUUCCCUCCGUAUUCCAAGUUCAUUUCUAGUUCUUCCACAUAAAAAAAAAAAAGAAAAAAAAGAAAGAAAGAAAGAAAUGGCAUUGAGUAAUAAUGUCAUUGGAGCCAUAAAUUUUGUUGCUGUGCUACUUUCAAUACCCAUUAUUGGUGCUGGGAUUUGGCUGGCAACAGAACAAGAUAACUCAUGUGUGAAGAUUCUUCAAUGGCCAGUCAUAAUCCUAGGAGUUCUCAUCUUGGUGGUGGCUCUUGCUGGUUUCAUUGGAGGGUUUUGGAGGAUUCCAUGGCUUCUGAUCUUCUACCUUGUGGCUAUGCUUAUUCUCAUAGUUCUGCUAGCUUGUUUGGUUGUUUUUGUUUAUAUGGUCACUAUAAGGGGUUCUGGAAGGCUUGCUACCAAUAGGGCUUAUUUGGAGUAUCAUUUGGAAGAUUAUUCUGGUUGGCUUCAAAGAAGGGUUAGAAGCUCUUAUAAAUGGGAUAGGAUUAAGGGUUGCCUUAGCUCUUCUAGUUUGUGUGCUGAGUUGAAUCAAAGUUACAAAAUGCCUCAGGAUUUCUUCACUGCGCAUCUCAACCCUAUUCAGUCAGGAUGCUGUAAACCGCCCACACAAUGUGGAUACACAUUUGUGAACCCAACAUAUUGGAUUAGUCCAAUUGAUAAUGCAGCGGAUAUGGACUGUCUUCAAUGGAGCAAUGAACAAACACAACUUUGCUACCAAUGUGAUUCAUGCAAAGCUGGUUUACUAGCAAAUAUCAAGAAAGAAUGGAGAAGGGCAGACAUCAUUUUGCUCAUAACUCUAGUUGGCUUGAUUUGGGUGUACUUAAUUGGAUGUUGUGCAUUUAGGAAUGCUAAAACUGAGGACCUGUUUCGCAAGUACAAGCAAGGUUAUACCUAAUUAAUUAUUCAGUGUGUGUAUAUUUGGGGAUCGAAAUUCGUGACAUAUCGUAAGAACUGUUCUAGCUGAGUUGCAACUAGGGGUUGGAUUGGAAUUUGGACAAUUCGUGACUUUUGUAUCUCCUUUCUGAAAUUCUGAUGGCUUUUUUGUUGGGUUAAAUUGCAUGUUAUUCUUUUCUUGUUUCUCUCUCUCUCUUUUUUUUUUU